CAGAAUCGAAACGUGUCGCCAACAGCUUUGACGUGGUUUUGGCAAUGAAAAUAAAUGAACGUCAAUGUCAACGUCAUCCGUCGUUCCUGCUUGAAUAGAAGUUUGUAGAAUAAAGUCAUGUCUGUUAUUUGAUAUUUACUUUAAAAUCAAACUGAAAAGCUAACUUAUUAUAGACCGUAACCUGUUUUAAUCUUACAAUGGCACGUAGAUAUAGAGAUGCCGCUGCGAAAUUGCAGCAAAAUGUUCAAAAACAUCUGCAAGGCAUGAAGGAGUUAUCAUCAUCUGAAGACGAGGAACCAUGCGAGUCCAGCGUCCUGGACGGGGUGUUCCAGAGCUACUGGCGCGGCGGUGGAGACACCCUUAUGCUCAAUAGAACUAAAAACCUGCUAGAGGAGGCGAUAAGCGGCCGUGCCGUAACCUGUCUCAUUUGCAUAGGAUCUAUCAAAAGAACGAACGCUAUAUGGACUUGCGAUCACUGCUUCUCCUAUUUCCAUCUAUCCUGCAUACAAAAAUGGUCAAACGACAGCAUUAGCUUACGCAGCGAAGAAAGCCAGGGACCAAUUACUGUUCAUAAACAACAAAAAAUUGAAUGGUGCUGCCCAAAGUGCCGGCAGUCGUAUUCUAAGGAAGAAAUACCGCGAAAAUAUCGUUGUUUUUGUGGAAAAACGGAUGAUCCACAAUGCCACCCUUGGUUAAUUCCUCACACUUGUGGAGAAGUCUGUGGGAAAAGACUGUCCACCGGAGAAAACUGUAAACAUAAAUGUCUGCUCUUAUGCCACCCUGGUCCUUGCCCACCUUGCCCACAGACUGUCAAUGGAAUUUGUUAUUGUGAGAAAGAACGUAAGAGAGUGCGAUGCAGUGCUGCUAAAUGGUCUUGUGGUCAACUUUGUAAGAAAACACUUUUGUGUAAGACUCACAAAUGUGAAAAUGUCUGUCAUGAAGGUGAAUGUCCUGACUGUAGCUAUACCAGUGUGCAGCCAUGCCAGUGUGGUGCUGAGAAAGCUAAAAGACCCUGCAAUGAUUUGUUUUGGCAGUGCCAGAAGCAAUGUGGUAAACUAUUUGCAUGUGGUUACCAUAAAUGUGAGAAGAUCUGCCAUUCAGGUGAUUGUGGAGCCUGUCCUAACUCAGGCAUGACAACAUGCCCAUGUGGGGCCAACCAACGCUACGUCCAAUGCCCAGAUGUUAUGGAAACCUGCCUAGGGACAUGUGGCAAGCUUCAUGAAGAUUGUGAACAUAACUGUCCAGAAAAGUGUCAUAAAGGGAAAUGUCCACCAUGCCAGGUGUUGAUACAGAAGAAAUGCCAGUGUUCAACACAUACCAGAUCUCUGCCAUGUAGUAAAGAGUAUAAAUGUGACACUAAAUGUAGAGGAAUAAGGCUCUGUGGUAAGCAUGGGUGUGGCAGAAAGUGUUGCAAUGGAAACUGUCCUCCUUGUGAGAAAAUAUGUGAUAAAGGCCUUCAAUGUGGUCGACAUAAAUGUACCAGCAUAUGCCACCGAGGGCCCUGCUAUCCCUGUCCUAGAGACUCAAAGGUGACCUGUAGGUGUAAAGAAACAUAUGUAACAGUUCCUUGUGGAAGAGAGAGACAGACUAAACCUCCUAAAUGUAGUUUACCUUGUAAAAUCAAAUACAAAUGUGGACACAGUGAGGAAAAUAAGCAUUCCUGUCAUUUUGGUGACUGUCCACCAUGUAAAGCUAUAUGUGACAAGUCUUAUCCUAAGUGCAGUCAUCAAUGUAAAGCAGUGUGUCAUGAGUAUGUUGCAGUGCUUUUUAAACAGGUAGAGAAGCCAGCAACUCCUUGGGAAGUACAACCACCAAAGACCAAAAUAAUGACUUUAGAUUGUCCGCCCUGUGAGACACCUAUACCAAUAGUCUGCUUUGGUGAGCAUGAGACUGACAACCAGCCUUGUAGCACUGCUGCACGGCGGCCUUGCGGCAGAGACUGUGGGCGUCCAUUAUCCUGUGGUAAUCACAAGUGCACUUUACUGUGCCACCUCCUCAGCCCUCACCCUGAGUACCCAAACGUGCCGUCUAGUUGCAAGCAAUGUAACAGGGAAUGCUUAGUUCCUCGUCCUGACAAAUGCUCACACAAAUGUUCCAUAAGGGCCUGUCAUCCAGGUCAAUGCCCUCCCUGUGAGAUUCUUGAACGCCUGGCUUGUCACUGCGGAGUUACUGAAAUUUACUUGCGAUGCCGCGAGAUAUCUGCAGCCACUACAGAGAUUCUGUCAUGUAAGCAACAAUGCCCAAAGAACUUAGAAUGUGGCCACCGCUGUCGUAAUACAUGCCAUCCGGGAGCCUGCAACAACCAAGUGUGCACUAAGAAAACCAAGGUACACUGUCCUUGUGGUAACUUGAAGAAGGAAGCCCCCUGCAAUACCGUCCGGCAAGGCGACGCGAAAGUACUGUGCGAUGAAAGCUGUGAAGCCAAAAAGAUUGCUGCGAAGAUUCAAAGUGAGAAAGAGAAGCAGAGAUUGAAGGAAUUGGAGGAAGAAAAGAAUCGUAAAGAAUUAGCCGAGUAUGAGUGGAAAUUGAGUGGUAAGAAAAAAAAAUAUAAGGAGAAGAAAUCUGUUGUCAAUACAGACGACAGGGGUUUUCUAAGAAAAUAUUGGGUACCAAUAAUUUCAUUCCUAGUGAUGUUGCUAGCUGCAUUCUACUAUAUAAUUUAUGUGUAAAUUAAUAGCUGAACUCAAACACUUAUAAUACGUAAAAUGAAAAUGAGCACUGUUAGAUAUAUGAGUAGGCAAUUAAAAUAGCUUUUAAGAACAUUGACAAAUGAAUGGCACCACUAGCACUCAAAUAUUACGUAUAGGUUAAAAUAUUUAUUGUAUUUUAAUGUUUUUUGGUAAACCUUUAGUGUUUUUUUUUUCUAUAGGGUAACUGUUAUCAGAGUUUUGAUGAAAACUUUGUUUUAAUCAAAGACAGUUUUCUGUUGAUACUUUUUUGACUGAUAUCUAAAUAGUAAAAUUGUAUCUGUAUUAUUCAUACGUCUUGUGGAAAAGUACUGCACUUCUGCUAUAUGAAUUGACUCAAAGAUUUAAAUUUAAAAGUAUGAACUCCAUUAUUUAUGAUAAAAAAUAUCCACUGCCAUCUAUGGGCACAAUUUAAAAUAAACCAUUGUUGUGUAAUAAGGUUGUUUAUGGCAACGUUUUAUUGUUCCUAGUAUAAAAUGUGUUCAAUCGAUAAAAAUAAGCUACUUAACUCAGUGAUAUAAAUCAUUAUCAAAGGCAAAAGAAAAGUACGAAUAUCGCUUGUGAAAUUCUACAAUCUCUUAACUAAUCACAGUAGGUACUCCGUACUGGACAGAUUCUCAAAAUUAAACGACAUUUUCUUUCAUAAAGGAAGGAAGGAGGGUAGUAAUAUAGUUUUACCAACCUAUCACCUAACAAAAAUAUGUAGAUAAGUAGUCCUUUACGAUAUCAAAAGACAUUGUCACCCAGACGCACACAUUCCUAGUUUUUCAAUAAGGGUUGUUGUAUUGUAUACAUGUUAUGUUUUGGCGUUGUCCGAUAUUGUUAGUGUCGGGAAUGUCCUUAGGUAUAAUUGGGAAAAGGCAAUGAGACUAGAUUGUAUUAUUAUUAAGAAGUUUUAAAACUGUCCUGAUUAAAUUUAAUUUAAUUGCCCAAAUUAAAUUUAGAUAACUGAAACUCUGCUUUGUUAAGUUGUAAGUAGGACAUGUUCAUUUUAACUCAAAUGCUUUAAGUUAUCUGCAUUAGGCAGCGUCUUGCGAGCUUACGUACUUGGCUCUAAUCAUUCAGAAUAGCAUUUUUGGACUUAGUAGCUACUGGAUAGCUACUAACCUACAUUGAUUAGUUUAUUGUCAUCAUUUCAGUUUUUUUACCCCUGAAUCAUCCUGUGUGUGAAUGCAAUACUUCUCCUCAGCAUUUGCCUACACAAUUUUUACUGACGGUCAGUACAAUGAAUUUCCAAUGAUUGUGUUGCCGAGAAAACGAAUUGUGUCAGAACAGAAAAUUUAAUCGGGGAAGUACCUGCAUAAAACCUCGUUUCCUAAAUGAAGUGGGAUACAAUACAUAGCCGGCGACGAUAAGGAUUAGAUGCCUAAUAAGAUAUCACGUUUAAAGUUGAAAUACACGAGGAUAGGUCUAAAAAGUUGUAUACUUAUCGAAUGUUAUCACUUUCAUUUUUAGAUUAGCGUAAGUGUAAGUACCUAUAUUGUAUCGUCCUAUCUAUUUAUUAAAGAUUUUGAUUGUGACUUUUGUAAUAAAUUGUUAGUGUGUU